GGAGAGAGGUGAGAUAACAAAACAAACAGUUACAGAGCAAGUUUGAUAUUUCCCUGCCCACACUCACAUUUCAUGCUCUGCUGGCUUUAGGACUUGACCGCUGUUCCUGGUUGGCAGUGCUAGACCUGGAAAGAAACCCUGAAUUCUUGUGGCAGCUGUUCUUCAACCACAGUUCCACCACUUGAGUGAAACAGGACUGCGUGUGAUGGCCCCUUCCUCAAGCACUGUGCUCUUCAUAAUCUUGUUCUGCUGCUUCAGGGAUACAGCAGGCCAGUGCGCUCCUAAUUCUCCUGUUCCCGCUAUGAUACAUGUGUCAAAUGGUGGACCAUGGGGCUCCUGGGGAAAUGUAGAACAUUGUCCAACUGGUUAUCAUGCUGUCGGUUUCUCACUGAAGAUAGAGCCAUAUCAAGGAAGCGAUAAGAAGAACGAUGACUCGUCUCUGAACGGCAUCCGUCUGGUAUGCUCUGAUGGUACAUUAAUUUCAUCUACUGUUUCAAAGUGGGGUCCUUGGUCUGGGCGCUACAUUUGCCCAAGAGCUGGUAAAAUGGUGGCCUUCUCUUUGCGAGUGGAAUUACCCCAGGAUGGUGGUGAUGAUACUGCAGCCAACAACAUCCAAUUCCGCUGUGAAGAUGGGCAGGUGCUGGUCGGCAAGUCACAUGAAUGGGGUACCUUUGGCUCCUGGAGCGCAAGAUGCAAGAGUGGGAUCUGCGGGUUACAGACAAAGGUGGAGCCGGAUCAAGGGCACGGUGACGACACGGCACUUAACGAUGUGAAGUUCUACUGCUGUUAAUGGAAAUAGACCACUUCUUCCCUGUUAACAGCACAGCUGCCUGCUAGUGUUGCUGUGGGUUUGCUAAACAUGAAUGAUAUCUCCAGUUAAAUCUUGCCUUUAAACAGA